UAUAUCCUCUUUGUUUUUGUACUUUGACAUUCAAAGGGACAAAAUCAACAUCUGGAGAACCUCAGCAAUACUCAACACACGACAGCAACGACCCUCUGCUGCAGCUAAACACUUGAAGAACCUGCUCAAUCGAACAUCGCCGUCGUCUCUGCCUCCUCCACUAACGACUACACGUGGCCUCAGAUAUCUCAUCUCUCCACCUCCUGUGUGCUCACACGGUGCUUGUUGUAAAGAAGCGGAGAUGACAUCCCAAAACCUCUUCGCCUCAGCCUUGUUACACAACUUGACCCAAGGAUAACCAUCAAUCCUCCUGAGCGGCACUCGUGGACCAACGCACUCCCAGACGCAGAGCCCGGCCCCCUGGCUUCAGGCAGUAUGGGAGACGGGAGCUGGGUGUGCCUGAGCCCAGCUGAGUUCACACAGCUGCAGCAGUACAGCGAGUACUCCUCCAAGAAGCUGAAGGAUGUGCUGGAGGAGUUUCACGGCGAAGGAGUCCUCUCCAAAUACAACCCAGAGCAGCCCAUUGAUUAUGAGGGCUUCCAGCUCUUCAUGACCACUUACCUGGAGAAUGACAUCCCAGAGGAGCUGUGUCAGCACCUCUUCACCUCCUUCAAGAGCAAAACAGGAGGCUGCUCUCCCGACCAGUCUCGGGCAGGAACAAGCUUACUGGGGAUGAACGGGAAGAGCAUCCUGUCUGCGAUGGGCCGACACACGCCAGAGCACUCCAGUGUGAUGAGCACAGCAGGCUCAGGAGCCACCACCUCCCCUUGUUCAUCUCGCUCCUCCUCGCAGCGUUCAGGGACAGGGGCCCACACACCUGGGGGGCCCCACCGAUCCCCCUGCACCCAGGUCAAAACCUCAGAGGGCAGCAGCAGCAAUGCACUGACUCCCAACGCUGGUCCUGCCAGGUCGCCGGUGUCCCCCAAACUCUCAUCAGAGAGGAGCCACUCUGAGAAGCACUUGUCACUGCGGAGGAGCCCGUCGCCCCAGAAAGGCUCCCCCCUGCCGUCGCCCCAGGUGGUAUUCCUCAAGGACAUCGUCUGCUACCUGUCCCUGCUGGAGAGGGGGACGCCGGAGGACAAGCUGGAGUUCAUGUUCCGGCUCUACGACACAGACGGCAACGGGGUUCUGGACAGCUCGGAGCUCGAUCGCAUCAUCAAUCAGAUGGUCCAUGUGGCAGAGUAUCUGGAGUGGGACUCAACAGAGCUGCGACCGAUACUGAAGGAGAUGAUGGAGGAGAUCGACUACGACAGAGACGGGACGGUCACACUGGAGGAGUGGAUCAGAGGAGGCCUCACCACCAUCCCUUUACUGGUCCUGCUGGGCAUGGAGACGAACGUACAGGAGGACGGGCAGCAUGUUUGGCGUCUGAAGCACUUCAACAAACCAGCCUACUGUAACUACUGCCAUACCAUGCUGCUCGGAGUACGCAAGCAGGGCCUCAGCUGCUCCUUAUGCAAGUACACAGUGCACGAACGCUGUGUGUCCAAAGACAUCGCCGCCUGCAUCAGCACCUACGCCAAGUCACGUAGACACACCAACGCUAUGCAGCAUGUGUGGAUGGAGGGAAACUCUCCGACAAAGUGCGACCGCUGUCACAGAAGCAUCAAGUGUUACCAGGGCCUGACGGGGCUGCACUGUGUCUGGUGUCAGAUCACUCUCCAUAAUAAGUGUGCAUCUAAUGUGAAGCCUGAGUGUGAUGGAGGCGCCUUGAGGGACCACACUCUGUUGCCCUCGUACAUCUGCCCCGUUGUCUUGGACCGCCAUUCUGUGGUGAAGCGUGGUGAGGGCGAGUCACCACCGAGCACCAGCCCUGAUGACAUCAAUCAGACGUUCAAAUUCUCCCCUGGAGACGGACAGGCGCUGCAGAUCACUCCUCUGCCAGGUACUCACCCGCUCCUGGUGCUGGUCAAUCCCAAGAGUGGAGGCAGGCAGGGAGAGCGGGUCCUGAGGAAGUUCAGGUACCUGUUGAAUCCCAGACAGGUGUACACUUUGGACCAGGGGGGACCGAUGACGGGGCUCAACUUUUUCCAUGAUGUCCCUGAUUUCCGGGUGCUCGCUUGUGGAGGUGACGGCACUGUGGGCUGGAUCCUCGACUGUAUAGAUAAGGCCAACUUUGCCAGGCACCCUCCGGUGGCCAUCCUCCCUCUGGGCACAGGGAACGACCUGGCACGCUGCUUACGCUGGGGAGGAGGUUACGAGGGCGGCAGCUUGCUGAAGUUCCUUCGAGACAUCGAGCACAGCAUAGAGGUGGUGCUGGACCGCUGGAACAUCGACAUUGUCCCCGAUGACAAGGAAGAGAAGGGAGACCCCGUCCCCUACAGCAUCGUCAACAACUACUUCUCUAUCGGAGUGGACGCCUCCAUCGCCCAUCGCUUUCAUCUGAUGCGGGAAAAGCACCCUGAGAAGUUCAACAGCAGGAUGAAGAACAAACUCUGGUACUUUGAGUUUGGCACCACUGAGACCAUCUCUGCCACCUGCAAGAAACUUAACGAAUGCAUCGAAGUCGAGUGCGACGGGAUCAUCUUGGACCUCAGCAACACCUCCUUAGAGGGCAUCGCUGUGCUCAACAUCCCCAGCAUGCACGGCGGCUCCAACCUGUGGGGUGAGACAAAGAAGAGGAGGAACUACAACCGCAUGAGCAAGAAGGUUCCUGACAGGAUGCCAGCCAGCACCGUCACAGACACUAAAGAGCUGAAAUUCUGCAUGCAAGACUUCAGCGACCAGCUGUUGGAGGUGGUCGGCCUGGAGGGGGCGAUAGAGAUGGGACAGAUCUACACUGGACUGAAGAGUGCCGGCCGCAGACUGGCACAGUGUGCCAACGUCACCAUCAGGACGUCCCGGCGGCUGCCCAUGCAGAUCGAUGGCGAGCCAUGGAUGCAGCCGCCCUGCACGAUCAGGAUCACACACAUGAACCAGGUCCCCAUGUUGCUGGGCCCGCCUCAGAAGACGCCAUUCUUCUUCUUCAAGAAACGCAACCGGAGCCGCGACUAGGACCCGUGCAUGCACACAGAAACACACACAUAUACGGUACACACACACACACACACACACACACACACACGCCCACUGUACAGGCAGCUCCAUCAGAGGACUUGGAGUUUGAAAGUGGGAAGCUCAUCAAUGGGAUCAUGUUGUGGAACAUUCCUAACGUCAGGAUGCCUACAGACGAUUCAUUCCCAGAGGAAGCUGCAGUGAUGGCACCCGAAAUGAACUCUCAGUAUACAGUACCGACUUAUUCCUGUGUAACCAUCCUCCUCUAGUCCUCUAGUCCUCUAGUCUUCUAGUCUUCGUCCCAGCCAUGGAUUUAGCUGCAACAGCCAGGUCUCUCAGCCCAAGCCGCCCCCUGCCCAAAAAAACUCAGCCAUAAGCCAGUACUGCACUGCCCACUAAAUAUUCUACAGCCCUGGCUGCUGGGCUUCCCUCGCAGCCCUGAAUGAGGAACAGGAAGUGAUAGUUUGUAGGAUGAGAAAGAAACUACACUACACUGAAGAGCGGCAGGGAUCGUGGUUGUUUACAAGGCUGGUGAGUAAAUAGAGUAAGAUCCACCUCUUCGUUAAAACACCUGUAUGAAUAAUGAAACAGCGGUGGCUGUAAGAGCGCUCGCUGCGGGGCCUCCCCCACAGACUGACAGCACGGUACAGCCGAGCGGAGGAGAAGCCUCAUCCAUUAUUGACUGGUUUUGUUUGUGGGUUGAUGGCAGCGGGGCGUAGCAGUGGUCUGGAAUGGGCUGAAACACGCAGGGAUUUUUGUCCCCUUUAGCAUCACUGGCCUAAAAAACAGACCCUUUAACACAAUAUUCAGAGACUGGGGAGAUGAUCCGGCCGCAGACUUCCGUCAGAGGAAGUUCCUGUUCAGCUGUGCACAGUUAUGGCUGCACAAAUUGAGUCUAGAUUGGAAGUAGAGAUUGGAGAAAUUGUAGAUGCUUUCUUAAAGCUCCAGUGUGUUGGACUGAGGGGGAAAUGAAAAGUGUGUUUUCAUUCAUGUAUAAUCAGCUGAAAAUAAGAAUCACUGUGUUCUUGUUACCUCAGAAUGAGAUGUUUAUAUCUACACAGGGAGCAGGUCCUCGUCUACAGAGAUCACCGUGUUGCACCGCCAUGUUUCUACAGUAGCCCAGAACAGACAAACCAAACACUGGCUUCAUGUUUUCACCUGGAUGUCAUGGCACUUCUGAGAUGACUAAGUCAGAAAAACACAACACUGCUUUAUUCAUUGUUUUUAGUGGUUUAAAUCACCAAGUCCAUUUGUUUUAGAGAGGAAGAUUCCUCUGUGGAUAAUUCAGCUCCUUAUAAAAACCUCCUGACCAGCAGGGGCCGGCUGCACAAAACGUCCUUAAGGUCCCGUUUAUACGACAAUGAUUUCAACUGAAAAUGGUAAACUUUAGUUGCGUUUUGGCCGAUCGUUUACACGACAGCGGCGUUUUGGGUGCCUGAAAACGCGACGUUUUGAAAACGGGUUCCAGAGUGCAAUUUUUUGGAAACGGCAGCGUCUCUGUUGUCAUGGAAACUUGCAAUAAGCAGUUCCUCUGAAAACGGAGACUUUUCGCACAUGCUCAUUACGCUUCCAGUCACUGGGCAUGCGCGAGAAAGUCGACCAUCACAACAACAAUGGCGGCCUCCCGAGCUCUGCUUGUGCUGCUCAGCCUGUUGAAUUUAUCAACACUUCCCCAUCAUAGUGUAGAUUUACCUUAGCGACUCCACCUCGUCGUCCGUCCAGACAAACGUUCGUGCGGUUGCCAUUUUGUUUGUUGUUACAUCGCCGCUCUCUAGAAGGAAGCGUAAGCGUCACACCGCCAACUACUGGCCUGGCAUGUGUACUGCAGCGUUUUUGGGCAUUUUUGCAGAUCCGUGUGCACAACGAUUGUUAUCAAAACGUUGUCGUCUAAACGCGGAACUUUUUUCAAAACGAAAAUGAGAAACAAUUCUGUUUUCAGUGGAUCGUUUUCGUGUGAACAUGGCCUCAGUCUUCUCAAGGUUUCCUUAAGUUUUUCUCCUUAUCUCUUUCUCUCUUAUACUUAAGGACUUACUUAAAGUUUGUUAACUGUUAACAACCAAAGGAAGGAAAAAAACAUAAGGUCCCUCUGACUGCAUCUUAACGGCAACAUGGCUGAGUUUAUGGCGAUAAAUAAGGAAAGUGAACGUGUCCUGAGAGGGGUGGGAGAACCCCAUGGACACUCUUAAUGAUGAGUAAUUGAUUUUGCACUAAACAUUUGACCAGAGGUCUGAAGUUGGAUCAGCUGCGCUCCUCCAGCCCCGUUACAAUUAAUGAUUGUUCUGCGGUUUUAUGCAGUCGGUCUUUCCACUCAGUUAUUGGCGAGGUGUUUCAUGUACACAAGUCAACGGUGUGCCGCGUCACUCACCAGGUUUCAAACACCUUCACCGUCUGCUGAACACUUUGUUGAUGUUCCCGUCUAAUGUUGCAGUUUCCUCCAUUACUUGCUUCAUGUUCGCUCUUAUUUUCAGACCAAAUUGACUUUUCAGUUUGUUCUUUCUUUUAUUGGAUUCCUCUGAUAGUCUGAUUUUUUCUUCCUGCGACCAGUUUCGUUUUUGUGUCUUCUUAUCGUCUGCCAUUUUUUUUACUAUCAGACCAACUUUGCGACAGGAUACUCAGGUCAGACAACAUUUAGACUGGGCUAUCACAAGCACACAUUCAAGCAAACAAAUGGUCUCCAUGGAAAUAGUUUUAGUUUUCAGUGCAGUUAAUGACUUAAUGUCUUUCCUUGAUUAAGGAAACCUUUUAAGAGAUUCUGUGCAACACCCUUAAGUAAUUUCCUUAGCUAAGGAAAAACUAAACUUGAAGUGUAGUACUUAAGGAGUAGACUUACGGUGUUUGUGCAACCGACACCUGGAUCUUAAAAAAGGUGAGCACACACAGCAGGUGUUGGGCUGACUUUUACCAUGAAACUGCUUCAUUUUUACCGUUUCUAAUCACCUGAUCCGCUUGUUUUGGAGAGGAAGAAACUUGCGGAUAAUUCGGCUCCUGGUCAAAACCUCCUGACCAAUGAACAUUGAAGGAAUUCUAACCAGGAGAAGUUUCAGCUGGUUGCAAUCUGCUGUUGUCACUGCUCAACGCCACUAAAUCCCCAUGAAUCUCACACACUGGUUCUUUAAGAAACAAAUUUAUCCUCUGUGGUUGGUGAGCUUUAUCGGCUCCUGCGCAUCAUGAAGACUCUUCUAGUGGGUCAAGGUUUGAAAUAAAUCCCCUCAGGGCAAUAACAGCAGGGCCCGCUGGGUUUUUAUUUACCAGAGCACUGACAGGGGAACUAAAUUUAUCCCUCUAUUUCAGGGAGGGUCCAUCUCUCCUCCAGUGAAACCCUACGCCUAAUUACCGUGUCAAACAUCAGCUCACAAUGUCAAGUGUGCUGUCGGAGUGCAAAUCCCAGAGUGCAGAUCCCUGCCCCUUCUGCUUUAAUGCAUCCACUGUUUAUUUAACUGUACACCAAAUAAAGACGUGAUGGUACUGAAGGAAACAGAAACAGACUGAAGAUGGACGAAGCAGGGAGCUUAGUUCAGUGUUUAUAAAGAAUGUAUCCAUAUUACUGCCCCCACAAUACGGCAAAUUAUAUUAUACAGUGUGUGCAGACAGAGUAUAUGUAUAUUUCUGGAAGGUAGGAGUAGCUCACAUAUACUGUACACACGAAUGUGUUUUUAAUAUAUCAUUGUUAUUAAUGUGGAAAUCUUAGCGUAGAGGGGCUCACAUCAGUGUUCUCACCGUGCAGAGCUGCUGCAGUCCGUCUCUCUCUGAAGACACUUUCCCACUUUGUCUAAUUCACAUCGUUGAGUUGAGUUUUGGGUUGUUUCUUCUUCUGUCCUCAGACUGUAGAAGAAGCAGGAAGAGCAAAUGCAUCAGCAUCGUGUGUGUGACGAAAUAAUCUCACGGUUCAUACAUGGUCUCCAUCAGCGAAUCAUGCUAGCUUAUCCAACAUAGUUUCACUCCAAAGUCGUCGAAAACCGGCGCUUGUUCAGUGACUUCCAGGGUCAUGGCAGCAUAUCACGACACAUUCCUGACACUGCAGGGUGGGAAACAUGUUAGCAUGCUCCUUCCACCACCAUCAAACCUCCAAAGGAUCCUCCUUGGGUGUCUUGAACUCCAUGUAGGCUGCCACCUCAUCCUCGGGCUGCAAAGGUUCAUGGCUGAAGUCCUCCACGUCGGUGACCAAUGUGACCACAGGGUCAAAGGUUACACUGGUGUCACUGACUUUCAAAAUAAAAGGACCUGCAGCUUGAUAAUAGUGAUUUACAUGUCAGAAUAUUACACAUAUACUGCGCAUCUUUUUACUUUCUAUUCUGAAAAAUAAGUGAGGGACUUCAGGUAUCUCUUGUUCAUGAGUGAGGGUAGAAUGGAGUGUGAGAUGGUUCCGUGGUUUGGUGCGGCUUCUGCAGUGAUGCAGGCGCUGUGCCGGACCGUUGUGGUGAAGAGGGAGCUGAGCCAGAAGGCAAAGCUUUCGAUUUACUGCUCCAUCUGCAUCCCAACCCUCACCUAUGGUCAUGAGCUCUGGGUAGUGACCGAAAGAACGAGGUCAUGGGUACAAGAGGCCAAAAUGAGUUUCCUCUGUAGGGUGUCUGGGCUCAGCCUUAGAGAUAGGGGGAGGAGUCGGACAUCUGGAGGGAGCUCGGAGUAGAGCCGCUGCUCCUUCAUGUUGAGGUGGUUCAACAUCUGAUCAGGAUCCUCCUGGGCACACCCAGCUGGUAGGAGGCCCUGAGGCAGACCCAGAACACACUGGAGGGAUUAUAUAUCUCAUCUGGUCUGGGAACACCUCGGGGUCCUCCAGGAGGAGCUGGAAAGCAUCGCUGGAGAGAGGGCUGUCUGGGGUGCUUUGCUCAGCCUGCUGCCCCCGAGACCUCGCCCCAGAGAGUUCAUUUUUACCCAGGAAUUUAUAUAUAUAUACAUAUUUAAAUCCACAGCUUUUUGCGUGUACCUGCGGCUACCCGACCUGGUGCAGGACUCUGCCACAAGUGGGGAAUGAACUUCCAAGAAAACGUAGUUGUCUUCAUGUUAAAACUCAAACGAUCUGAUGUGAGUUAGACGUCGGUGGGAAACUGUCUUGCACCCUGCUGUAAAGUGUUCACAGUGCGGGGCAGAGAGAGACUGCUGACAUGCUCUGAUGGUACAAACUGAGCUCCACUGUAGGGUCGGGCGUUCACGCCUUUACACCCUGUUUCCCUUUAAAACACACUGAGUGUUUACUCUUGCACCCAGGCCCCAUGAAACCAGACAGGACGUCCAGCGGAUCCUCACACACUGUAGAUAUUUACCCACACAGCAUCAACAUCACCUGGUACACAGUUCAGGUCAGUCGCUGUCGACUGUCUCAGAGGUUUAUGUUUAAAUACACACCAACUGAAAGCCAUUCAACAUAACCGGCGUCAUGACGUCACUGUGGGAACGUCACAGGAAACACACCGUCAUCAGUGUCUCUGUAAAUGGAGCCUGGGCGCUAAGAGGACUCGGUGGGAAAAGAGUGCAUGUUUACAGUAACUUUACAUUUAUUGAGAGAUUUGUUUUAGACAGCUAUAUUACCAAGUGUAUAUAUUUGUUUAUAAUAUUUUAUCUGAAGUUACAUCACCGCAUGCCUGCUGAAACAAACGGAGUGAACAGGAGAGUGUGAAUCAGACUAUUCAAACUUAUUUCUUUGCUUUAAAACUCCAUUUAUCUAUUUAUUUGUUGUGGUUUUCAGUUUUCUCUCUUUUUGGCAGCAUGUUAUUAACCAUGUGAAAGAAAAGGCGGGAUGAAGCUGUCUUGUUCCAUUAAAGAGAAAGCAGAAUUCCCAGAUGAAGUUUCUACCAUUACAA